AUGAUGAACUCAGCUGUCCAAGAUGAUUCCAAAAAGACACCACCUGUUUCUCCCAAGAUCCCUGCCACGAAGGCAACGAAAUCCCCUCCUGCUCAGAAACAAGAGCAGGAGAAGAAACAAGAGCAAGUGCAACAACCGAAAGCCUCUCCAUUACAACAAGCCAAGGUAGAAAAAGCUCCAUCAGAGCCUCUGAAAGAUGUAGCAGCUUUCCCAUCUGUUUCCAAGGACGGCCAAACUACUUGUCCACUAUGUAAAGUGAAACUUAACAUUGGAUCCAAGGAGUCUCCCAACUACAACAAAUGCACUGAAUGCAAGAACACUGUCUGCAACCAAUGUGGAUUUAAUCCAAUGCCAAAUGUGUCAGAGGUAAAGGAAUGGCUAUGCCUCAACUGUCAGAUGCAGAGAGCUCUUAGUUCUGCAUCUACUUUGAUGACCUCAGCAGUUGACCAGCCCAAAACUACUCCACCAGUUUCUCCCAAGAUGUCUCCUGCAAAAGAUAUGAAGUCUCAUGAUGCUCAGAAGCUUGAGCAACAGAAGAAAGCAGAGCACUCCCUGCAGACCAGUGCAACUCCACCAGGACAGGUCAAAGCUGACAAAACCCCAUCAGCAUCUUCAAAGGCUACAGAAGCCUCCCAAGUACCUGUCAAACCAGGCCAGUCUAACUGUCCACUCUGUAAGGCUGAACUCAAUACCGGUUCCAAGGAUCUACCAAACUAUAAUACCUGCACUGAAUGCAAGAGCACUGUCUGUAACCAAUGUGGAUUCACCCCCAUCCCUACAGGAGAGGUAAAAGAGUGGCUAUGUCUGAACUGUCAGAUGAAAAGAGCAGUUGAAGCAUCCGAGCUGGGGCAUCCCACCAUAAAGUCUCAAAAAUCACCCAGCAAAGUUCCUUCACCUGCUGCUGUCCAAUUGAAGGACAAUUCCAAACCAACUGUAACACAAAAGACAGACAGUCCAGAUAGUGCUCAACUAAAGAAGGAGACCUUAGAACCUGUGUCACCACAGAGAAAGCAAUCUACAGCAUCAGCAACUGCUACUUUACCAGUGAAACAAGAAAGUCCAGCAACAGAUCAUAAAGUACUAGAAGAAAGAACAAAGACAGGUCCAAAGAAGCCACCAGAUCAAGAAAGCAUAGCUCAACGCAAACACAGUAAUACCACAGCAGGGACACAGCAAGACUCAGGAGGCCUCUUUGGCUUUGGUGGUCCUAAAACUCAACCUGAUGCUGCAAAGCCUGCAGAAUCAGUUACUGGGAAGAUGUUUGGCUUUGGGUCUUCUAUCUUCAGUUCUGCAUCUACUUUGAUGACCUCAGCAGUUGACCAGCCCAAAACUACUCCCCCAGUUUCUCCCAAGAUGUCUCCUGCAAAAGAUAUGAAGUCUCAUGAUGCUCAGAAGCUUGAGCAACAGAAGAAAGCAGAGCACUCCCUGCAGACCAGCACAACUCCAUCAGGACAGGUCAAAGCUGACAAAGCCCCAUCAGCAUCUUCAAAGGCUACAGAAGCCUCCCAAGUACCUGUAAAACCAGGCCAGUCUAACUGUCCACUCUGUAAGGCUGAACUCAAUACAGGUUCCAAGGAUCUACCAAACUAUAAUACCUGCACUGAAUGCAAGAGCACUGUCUGUAACCAAUGUGGAUUCACCCCAAUGCCAACAGGAGAGGUAAAAGAGUGGCUAUGUCUGAACUGUCAGAUGAAAAGAGCAGUUGAAGCAUCUGAGCCUCCCAAAAUGAAGUCUCAAACUGCUCCUGUUUCUCCCAAGUUGUCUGCUGCAAAAGAUAUGAAGUCUCCUGAUGCUCAGAAGCUUGAGCAGCAGAAGAAAGCACAGCAGUCCAAGGAGACCAGGACAACUGCAUCAGAAAGGGUUGAGGUUGCCCCAUUAGAGUCUUCAAAGGCGAUAGAAGCUUCCCAAGUACCUGUCAAACCAGGCCAGUCUACCUGUCUACUCUGUGAAGGAGUGGUUAUGUCUCACCUGCCAGAUGCAAAGGGCUCUCGGAGACACAAAGCCUCCACAUCUGUUGACCAGCCCAAAAUUACUCCACCAGUUUCUCCAAAGAUGUCGCCUGCAAAAGAGAUUAAAUCCCCUGCUGCCCAGAAAAACGAACAACAGAAGAAGUCAGAAGAACCCAAACAAACACCGCAAAACGUCCAGGCCAAAGGGGACAAAGCUCCAUCAGAGAUAUCAGUAGUCCCCCAAGCCACUGUCAAACAAGGCGUGUCAACCUGCCCACUCUGUAAGCUUGAACUCAACAUUGGGUCCAAGGAUCUUCCCAACUACAAUACCUGCACCGAAUGCAAAAACGCUGUCUGUAACCAGUGUGGAUUUAACCCCAUGCUAAAUGUGUCAGAUGUAAACGAGUGGUUGUGUCUCACUUGUCAGAUGCAAAGGGCUCUUGCAGCAUCUGAAUCAUUAGAGCCUCCAUUGAUGAAACCUAAGGCAUCCCCCAACAAACAGAAGGAAUGGCUUUGCCUCAACUGCCAGAUGCAAAGGGCCCUAGGAGCUUCUGAACCUCCAGGCCUCCCCAUGAUAAAACCCCAACCAUCACCAAGCAAAGAGGUCCCUGCCGAAACUCAGCAGAAAGAGACACCCAUGUUAAUUUCUCAGGAUGACACCCUUAAACCUCCCGCAACCUUGACUGAGCUAGUCAAUGUAGCUCAGACCAAAGAAACCACAACUUCAGCCCUUGAUGCAUUAACAAAGACAGAGGCCCCUCCAGAGGUUCCAUUGUCAGACAAAGCUGUUCCAUCAACUAUAACAAAGACUGAUGUCUCACCAAUCCCUUCUACAGAGACAACCAAAGGAAAGCCUGGUGCGCCUCAGCAGCAAGCCCCUAAAGUUGUGACUUCUACUGCUAAGUCUAUUCCUCAAACAGAUCCAAAGGCAGGACAGCCAGCACAACAAAAGCUGCCACAAGCUGUGACUUCUAUCGCCAAGUCUGCUCCUUCACCUGAUCCAGAAGUGAGAAAGCUACCCCCACAACAAGCUGCAAAAGCAGGUAGCUCUCCAGCAAAGUCUGUACCACCGCCAGCUCAGUCUCCAAAACCGGAGUCAGGAGGCUUCUUUGGCUUUGGUGGUCCUAAAACAACGCCAUCUGCAGCAAAGUCUGCUGAGUCGGUAAAUGAAUGGCUUUGUCUCAACUGCCAGAUGCACAGAGCUCUAGGGGCAUCUGAGCCUGCUGGACGCCCUGUCGUGAAACCGCAACAUUCCCCAGGGAAGGUUCUUACACCUGGCUCUGAACAGACGAAUAAACCAGCAGUAAUCCAGAAGGAGAAGCCCUCAGAGUCACCAGUAGUCAAAAAGGAGAUCCCUCAGGCAACAUCCCAAAGAGGAGAAACCCCCAAAGCUGAGGCUCCUUUGCCAACUGCAGUUAAAAGGACAGACCCACCAGGAGAAGACUCUUUGCAAAAGACACAGAUCCUUUCAAGUACUGAGAAAGGACAUGGCAAGAAUGUGGCUAGUGAGCAGAAGAAGUUUGAAGAAAACGCUCCAAAGGUACAGCCUCCUCAAACUACUGUGCCAGUAAUCAAGGCAGGUCCUACGAAACAAGAAGUUGUAAAAUCGCCACAACAGCCCUUAAGAUCUGCUACCCCUCCUGUCAAAUCUGCAACACCAGCAGCUCAGCCUGCUAAACAGCAAGAAUCCGGAGGUCUCUUUGGCUUUGGUGGUCCUAAAACUCAACCUGCUGCUGCAAAGUCAGCUGAGUCAGUGACUGGGAAGAUGUUUGGUUUUGGUUCAUCUCUUUUCAGCUCUGCAUCUACAUUGAUUACAACAGCUGUUCAGGACGAACCUAAAUCUACCCCACCUACACCACGUAAGAUGUCAAUUACAACCCAAGGCUCUCCUAAAUCUACCCCACCUACGCCGCGUAAGAUGUCAAUCACAACUCAAGGCUCUCCUAAACCUACACCUCCAGCUUCACCCAAGAUGCCCUCUGUGAAGGAGACGAAACCACAGACAUCUGAACCACCUCAAAAAGCCAAGCCCAAUGAACAGGCAAAAGAAGUGAAAGCUUCACCUAUGGAAGUGAAACAAGUCGCUCCUAAAGCUAGUCUGUCCACUUGCCCUCUUUGUAAAGUAGAACUCAACAUUGGCUCCAAAGACCCUCCAAAUUACGACACCUGCACUGAAUGCAAGAACACUGUGUGCAGUCUUUGUGGAUUUAACCCCAUGCCUCAUACAUCAGCAGAGCAAGAUGUCAGCAACAAAGAACUAAAUACUGAGCAGAUUACACUUGAAAACAAAGCUGAUCCUGUGACAGCUACUAAGCCUACUUCAAAAGGAGAAGAGCAUGAUGAAGAACCCCAGAUUUUACCCAUAUUCCAGGAAUUAAAGGAUGGGCAGAUGGUUAGUGAUACAAGUAAAAAUAAUGAAAACACAGAUACAUCCUCAACCGUGAAGGAGGAGGUUAUAGUUGAAAGGAGACGUCUAACUUUUCAAGCAAUGGAAGAGAGCAGUGAAAGUGACAUCACACCCUCACCCUCACCAAAAGUCCAGAGGAGAAGGCUGAAAGUUAGUAAUGUUUCUUCAAGCAGUGAAGACAAAACUGAAAGCGCUGACUCCAACAUAGAAGAUGAAGAGUUCAUCCGCAGGCAGAUAAUGGGCAUGGGUGAUGACGAAGAAAUGUCUCUUUCAGAAGAUGAGAAAGAAGAGCAUAUAAAAAAUAAAGAUGUCAUCAAGGAGGCUGAGCUUGAAAAUGCUUCAGUGACAGUCGAAUCACUGUCUAGAAAGAGUAGCACAGAAAAUGCAAGGAGCCUAGCAGGGGGAAUAACCACUAAAACAGACACUACAACUAUAAAAGAGGCUACUGAAACAUUGACUAACGUUGCUUUUAAGAAAGCUAUUCCUGUCUUGAGAACAAAACCAAGCACUGAUGAAGAAGUAGAGAGCAUCACAGAAUCCCUUUCAAAGGGAUCAUCUAGUGUUCAGGUAUCUGGCUUUACUCCAAGAUCUUCUCCUACAUCUGCUUCAUCUCUGGAGGAGGACAGUGAUAGCAGUCCAAGUCACAGGAAGGUCAAAGGGGACAAACAACAUCGCAAAGGUAAACACAGGCAGCCAACCCAGCCUCUCCCUACAAUUGAGGACUCAUCCGAGGAAGAAAAGAUGAAACAGAAAGAUAAGUCUAGGAAAGACAAAGAUGACGUCAGGACCCAUGGCAAAAUACUUUCCCCAGCUGGAGAUGCUUCCUCCUCAGAGGAUCUGAGACAGGUAACAGUUAUCACUGACACAAGUAGAACAUCUGGCUCUGAGUACUCUGCCAGUAUGGAAUCAGAAACAGACGCUAUGCGAGCAGUACAGAGAGGACGUAAGCCUUCACCAACAGUGAUACCAUACACUCCCCCGGAUCCAUUUGAAAAUAUGUAUAUAGCUGCAAAAUCAUUAAAGAGUGCAGAGGAAGCAUAUGAGGAAAUCAUCCAGAAGACAAGGGCUAUUCCAGGGGAGAGUCCUCCUGAUAUUGAGCCACUCUAUGGAGGAAUGGCAAUAGAAGACUAUCUUUAUGAAUCCUUAGUGGAGGAGCCUGAUCUGAAGAUGAAUGAACUACAAGAGGAAGAACCCAACCCUGACAAUGUCUCUGACAUGAUGAAAAAACUCAGGUCCCCAGAGGAGGUUUAUGAGGAGAUGAUGCAAAAAAAGAGAGAACUGAUGAUGAUAGAGCAAGAGUUUCAACAGGCCCAGACUGCCAUGGAAACUUCCUCACCAGAGGUCACUGAUCCUAUGGUGAUUGUUGACACCUGCCCUAGUCAAACCACCAAGCCUCCUCCACCCAUACCACCAAAGCCUAUAUCAAUUCCAGCUGGACUGGUUUUCAGCCAUAAACCAGGAGAGAGUGUUAAGCCACCUCCUCAUGUGGUUCCUAAAGCUGCAACACUGCCCAGGACUAAAGAACCUCCAAAUGCUCUGUCACUUAGCCUCACACGCCCUGUGGAGUCAAAGCUGGGCGCAACAUCUCCGAAGUCACCCUUGUCUCCCAGACAUGCAAAAUGUUUACAAACCUAUGUGGUGAUAACCCUUCCAUCUGAGCCUGGUUCACCAACAGAGGGAAUAACAGUCCAGGCACCUGGUGUAUCUGUGGCACCAGUCACUAUCACUAAAAUUCAACAAGAGUCUAUCGAGAGUCAAGAGAUUCGAGGACCAGAAAAAGUGGUGUCCAGUAUGAGCCACAUGUAUUCAUCUUCAAUUUCAACUUCAGGCCAGCCUCCUGAAAGCCUGCCUAACCUGGUCACUCAGGUGGUCACCACUGAGGUCCAGAGGACCACCGUUUCUGUGGUCCAUGAAAGACUCCCACAGGUCCCUCCAUCAAGUGUAGCAAUAACCAUACAACCAGACAUAGCUAAAGUCCAACCUCUGCCAAAACAGAAUGGGAGAAUAAUCUACCCUGGGGAUGUUAUUGAUUUACGUACCAUGAAGGUUGGACUAAAGAUGACUGAACAAGGUAUGGACCUGACACCACCCGAGUCAUGUCGACAUUCUGUUUCAAGUGACUCUAGUUUGCGUCAAAUUACAGCAGUGCAGCCUGAGAUAGUGAAUCUUAGUGCAGAAAUCACACCUGCAACUACACUGUCUGUUGUCACUGACAGCAUAACAAUAGUCACAUGUACAGCGACCAUUUCCUCAUAUAACAACACACCAGCAGAAAAACCACUUGAUUUGCAAGGCCCUGUUGUGUCAUUACCUCUACCUCUCACCACAUACAAACCAUUUGAACCAUUAGCACAGAUUGUAUACAGACCUGUGACCUCACAGACUUUAACCAGAUCUGUAGCAUCUGCAGCUCAAGAAAUACCAAUGAAUCUUUCCUUUGGAGUCUCCCCAGGAGGAAAGCAACCUAUAUCUCCGGCAAAAGCAGCUAUCAGCAAUGGAGGCCCUGUCCUUUCUCUAGAGGCCACAGGUGCCAUGGAUUUAUCGAACUACAGGCCUGUGCAAGCUAUGGUUGCUUUGUCUGGCACAAGCCCAGGAGUUGUGACUACUAUUGUGGAGGAUGAUGGGACUCCAGUUGACCUUACAGCUGGUAGAAGAAGUGUUUGCUGUGAUGUCAUUUACAAGCUACCAUUUACAGGAAGCUGCAGAACACAGCCCCCAGUCACAUCGCAGCCUGACAACCGUUUCGGCUACAGAGAUGACCACUACCAAUAUGAUCAUGCUGGACAGUAUGGUGUCAAAGGCUUGAAUGGUGUAAAAUCCUCCAUGUCUGAGACUAACCUGACAGAGGCAGGACUGUUCUCCUAUGAUCCCAAGAGUGAAUAUGACUAUCUCAGUGGACCCACAAAUGGCGCCAUAGACCUCACUGCAGCAAAACUUUCUACCGGUAUACCACUUGACUUCACUAGCAAAGCUACUGGAAGCUACCCUGGGAUGACUACAGCUCCAUACUCCCAGGUCCCUUCAGCUGGAUUUGGUGUAAAUAGUGUUUUAAGAGCCUCUGAUGGAGUAGUUUAUUCUUCUGUAGCUGCUCCAGUCCCAUCCACAUAUGCAAUUACCACUCAGCCAGGCUCCAUCCUUAGUAGUACCUUAACACCUACAUCAACAGUACAGAACCAGACAUUGCCACAUCCGUAUGGUUUCAUUCCUAGUACCGACCCAGGACAGAUAAUUGCUUUUGAUACAGGAAUACCCAAGGAGCUUCUUCCCACUGCUUUGGCUGACAUCAUAACAGGCUACCCAGAUAUGUACUCAGACACAACCUUGGAAGCAAUUGCAGCCUCUCUCGAUGCCCUAGCCUCCUCCCCCAUAUUCCCUGGUUUAGACAACACUAAAAUGGCCCAGUAUCAGAUGGAGAGGGAGUUUCUAGAGCUAGAGAAGCUUAAGCAGCUAUGUCUUGCUGAGGAGCUGGAAUGGGAGAGGCAAGAGAUUCAGCGAUAUCGUGAACAAGAGCAGUUUAUGGUCCAAAGAGAGCUUGAGGAACUACAGGCCCUGAAACAGCAGCUACUCCUUCAGCAAGAGGAAGAGCACCAUGCCCACAUGGUGGCCCAGCAGGAAACCUAUGCCCAGCAGAAAGAACAAUUACAACAAAUCCAAACACUCCAACUGCAACUCCAACGCCAGCUAGAUGAACACUAUGGUAGUACUGGAACAGCAGGGAAUCUUCUAGAUGCUAAAUAUGCAGGGGUUGGGGACAGUGGCCAAUACUGGCCUGUCAAAGAUGAGUGUUCAACGCCAUCCUUACGGAGACAGUUGGAGGAAGGUCAGGACCAUCUUAAUUUAGUUAAGAAACUUCAAGCUGAUCAGGACACAGGGAAAAAAAUAAUUGAUAGUGGAGUGCAGACAGAUGAUGAAGACUCAGCAGAGAAGCAGCAUGUUGGAAGAAGGAAGAAAAGUAAGAGAAAUGUUGAUAGCUCAGCCCAAACUGAUGACGAGGAUCAAGAUGAAUGGGAUGCUCCUACAAAAGCCAGGCGACGCUCAAGAAAACAUAGCAGUGAUGGAAAACAUGGCUCCAAGGUCUCUAGCAUUGCUAUUCAGACCGUAGCAGAGAUAUCUGUUCAGACAGACCACUCUGGAACUAUCAAACGACCUAAUGUCCAAAUGGACACAAAAGUGGAAAUUGUCAAGCAUAUAUCAGCUCCUGAGAACUCUCAGAGAGGUGGCAGUCUGAGCUGUCAGACAGACUCAGACAGAAGACACACACCAAUUGAAGUGGCCUACAGCACUCAUCUAACAGCUGAUGUUCCCUCAAAGUCCAAAGUCUUCUACAACCAAGUUUCCCCCAUGUCUCCAGAAAGGUCCCUUGGAGGGCAGAGAAUGUUGACUGCUGACCCAACCAGAUUUUCCUCUGGCCCUAGGGUAUUAAAGGCUGGUCAGAAAUCUCUGUCUGAUCCUAAAUCCCUGAGUCCUUCUACAGAAGACAGGAUGGGUGGAUACUAUGCAGACAGUUAUCCUGGCCGAGGCUCUCCCUCUGGUACAGGUAAGAAGGUAAAGCGGACACUACCAGACCCUCCUCCCGAUGAUGACUCUAUGGCAGGACGGUCAGGCUACAGCACCAACUCUGCUCGUCGGCGUCUUGCCCGCAGUACAACAAUAGCCCGGGCAAAGAUCCUGCAGGACAUUGACAAGGAGCUUGAUCUGGUGGAGAGAGAAUCCUACAAACUUCGCAAGAAACAGGCUGAGCUUGAUGAAGAGGAAAAAGAGAUUGAUGCCAAGCUACGAUACCUGGAGAUGGGUAUCAACCGGCGUAAGGAAGCCUUGCUGAAAGAACGAGAGAAGAGAGAGCGGGCCUAUCUUCAGGGGGUGGCAGAGGAACGAGACUACAUGUCAGACAGUGAGGUUAGCAACAUCAGAGAGGCCAGGGCUGAUGGCCUGGAGAGACCAAGGACAGCACCCCAAUCAGAGUUUGACCAAUUUAUCCCCCCUCAAACAGAAGCUGAUUCUCAGUAUAACACACUAACUAGUCCCUACUCUCACUAUGCCCAGUAUGUUCCCCAGACCCAAACCACCAGCCACUACACCCAACAGAAUAUGUACCAGCAACAGUCCCUUUACCACCAACAGGGGUCUCCUUACCCAACUCUUUCACUGACCCAUGCCCAGACGCAGCAAAGCAGUUACCAACAUGCUCUGCUUUUGCAGCAGGGAAAGCAGCGACAAUCCGAUUUAGAGCCGAAGAUGACCACCAAUUACGAAGUGAUGCGCAACCAGCCUCUGCUCAUUGUGCCAACCUCUUCAGAAAGUGGCUAUGGGGUGGCUCACCUUGGAGGAAAGUAUGGAAGCUUGGACUUGAGACUGGGGAUAGAGGAGAGGAGCAUGGCCUCAAGUCCCAUGUCUAGCAUUUCUGCUGAUUCAUUUUAUGCCGAUAUUGACCACCACAGUGCCAGGAGCUAUGUGCUUAUAGAAGAUAUAGGGGAGCUCACUAAGACCUCAACAGGGCUAAGCAACAGUGGCUUAGGUUCUGGAUUCAGCCUGCCUGAUAAGGAGUUGGCCAAGGCAGACAGGCUCCUAAGGGCAGCAGAAGUCAGGCGCACAGCAGAGGUGGCAGAUUUUUUAGGCUCAUCUCGGCUUCAGGGUUACGGUAAAGGCGAAGAUGACACUAUGGAGGAGCCUUAUGAGCUGAAGCUACUUAAGCAACAAAUUAAACAGGAGUUCAGGCGUGGAACCGAGGGACUAGAACACUUAACAGGCCUUGGCCUGCCCCAGUAUCUCCCCAGUGAUAGUUUUCGGCACUUUCCUAAAGGAGAAAAAUAUAGCAUUGGCAGGCUAACUCUUGAAAAACAGGCUGCAAAGCAACUCCCGGCAGCUGUGCUUUACCAGAAACAGAUGAAGAACAAAAAGGCCAUGAUAGACCCAAAGGCCAUUACUAAGUUUUCCCCAAUUCAGGAGAGUAGGGACCUGGAGCCUGACUAUGGCAACUACAUGGGAUCUGGGGCAUCCUCUGUAACAAAUCUAGCAGCUACGGCAAGGUUGCUUCAGGAUGAGAUUACAUUUGGGAUCAGAAAAAACUUGUCUGAGCAGCAGAAAUAUUUGGGCUCCUCUUUGGGGGCCAAUCUAGCAGGUUCUCUUAACCUUGGGCAGUCCCAUGGACUGGGAUCUACUAUCAGAGCAACAGCCCAAGACGAUGGUACCUACCCAAGUGGAUCCCGUUCAAGACCCUCAUCUCGCCCAUCCUCCCGCCCCUCUUCAGUUUAUGGUUUGGAUCUAUCUAUCAAAAGGGACUUAUCUAGCUCUUCACUUCGACUUAAAACAGAAGGGGAGGUCCUGGAUGCAGCAUUUGCACCUGGGGUGGCCAGAGCAAAACCAACAAGUUUACCUAUCAGCCAAAGCCGGGGCCGUAUCCCCAUUGUGGCUCAGAACUCUGAAGAGGAGAGCCCCCUGAGUCCAGUGGGACAGCCUAUGGGCAUGGCUAGAGCCUCUGCUGGACCUCUACCACCGAUCUCAGCUGAUUCCAGGGACCAAUUUGGGUCCAGCCAUUCCCUGCCAGAGGUACAGCAACAUAUGAGGGAGGAAUCUCGGACAAAAGGCUAUGAUCGAGAUAUCGCAUUCAUCAUGGAUGACUUGCAAGGUGCAAUGUCUGACAGUGAAGCCUACCAUCUAAGGAACGAGGACACCGAUUGGUUUGAUAAGCCAAGAGAAGGACAUCCGCAGAGCGGGAGCAUGUCAGACAGGAGACAGGUGAGGGUCAGGCUAACAGCAUUCAGUCUUUCCUUACAUACAUUAAAUCUCUCUCAGAUGAAACUGGUCCCCUAUGCCUUCCCUCACACUCGCUUCAAGCUUAAGAGAGACCUGAAGGACACCAGUGUGUCUGGGAAUGGACUUGGGAUCCGAGUGGUAGGUGGGAAGCUGAUUCCGGGCAGUAGAGGAGAGAUCGGAGCCUACAUCGCCAAGGUCAUCCCCGGUGGAGCAGCAGAACAAACAGGAAAAGUUGUAGAGGGAAUGCAGGUGUUAGAGUGGAACGGAAUCACUCUGACAGGAAAGACUUAUGAAGAAGUGCAGAGCAUCGUGGGCCAGCCAUGUGCAGAGGCGGAGCUCUGUGUGAGACUUGACCUUAACAUGCUGUCUGACCCUGAGCACCCACAAGCCCUGGAGCACCAUGUCCAGCUUAAGGCUGUAGGUGGGCAGCGUUCACCAGGAGUCGAUCCUAAGCAGUUAGCUGCAGAGCUGCAGAAGGUGUCCCAGCAGCAGGGUCCCGGUGUUGGGUCUGGAGGUUUGGGUGUCCUAUCUGCGCUGGAGCGCUCUGCCCUCCUCCACUCAGGUACUGGAUCUGCAGCCUCAAGCGGUGUACCGAGCCCUGGCCAGCCUGCGUCCCCGGCCAUAAACAAGAAACAACGGCAAAAGCCAACUGAUCCGAUUAGGACACAACACCCAAUCACUGGGGAGAUUCAGCUCCAGAUCAACUACGACAGGAACCUCGGAAACCUGAUCGUCCACGUCCUGCAGGCUAGAAACCUGGCCUCGAGAGACAACGACGGCUACUCUGACCCCUUUGUAAAGGUCUACCUCUUACCUGGGAGAGGCCAAGUCAUGGUUGUCCAGAAUGCAAGCGCUGAUAACAAGAGAAGGACCAAGUAUGCACAGAGGACUUUGAACCCCGAGUGGAACCAGACCGUCAUCUACAAGAACAUCCAUCUGGAGCAGUUAAAGAAAAAGACGCUGGAGGUCACAGUGUGGGACUAUGACAGAUCCUCCUCCAACGACUUCCUCGGAGAAGUGUUGAUUGACUUAUCGAACACCAACCAGCUAGACAACACGCCCCGCUGGUUGCCUCUGAUGGAGCAGAGUGAGAGCAUUGAGCACAGCAGAGCACACCUUGGAGAUGGGAGUCACGAUUCACCUAAAAACUCUGUGAUCAAGAGUAGAAGCCACGGAAUCUUUCCUGAUCCAGCCAAAGAUAUGCAGAUGCUGCCUUUAGAAAAGUCUCACAGCAGCCCGGGCAGCUCCAAGUCUUCCUCCGACGGCCAACUGCGCUCCCACGGUCCCUCCCGAAGCCAAAGCAAGAGCAGCGUCACUCAGGCCCACCUCGAGGACGCUGGGAUAGCCAUCGCUGCCGCUGAGGCUGCCGUGCAACAAUCCCGCCUGCAACCAAGACCAGGACACAGAUUGGCCGAUGUCUCAGGGUCGGUGGUGCUGUCAGCCCCCGAGUCUUGUGGGAGACGCCUAUGGAGGCCUGGAGGGGACGACGGGGAGGGCACCGGAGUGGACAGUGCCAUUUUCCAAGUGCCACGCAUUGGGAAGAAUAUUCCUAACGGCACAGAUAAAAACCAACUAGGGCCCACGGAAAAUGAAGGUGGUAAAACACAAGUAAUGGGGGAGAUCAAGGUCGCUCUCAAGAAGGAGGUGAAGACAGAAGGAGACCAAUUGGUUUUGGAGGUCCUUCAAUGCAGGAACAUCACUUACAAGUUCAAGAGUCCAGACCAUCUACCAGACCUGUACGUAAAGUUGUAUGUGGUGAAUGUCGCCACUCAAAAGAGGAUCAUCAAGAAGAAGACCAGAGUUUGUCGACAUGACAGAGAGCCUUCUUUCAACGAGACCUUCAGGUUCCCCCUCAACCCAACUGGACACUCCAUUCAGCUUUUCUUGGUGUCAAACGGGGGAAAGUUCGUGAAGAAGACCCUGAUAGGGGAAGCCUACAUCUGGCUCGACAACGUGGACAUGAGGAAGAGAGUGGUCAGCUGGCACAAGCUGUUUGUCAGCUCCACUCAGACCAACCCCUGAGCACCACCA